AUGGGAAAGCAACAGCACCCAACCAGCAUCUUCUCCCACCCGAUUCCCGCAAAAUCCCAAGUUACCCAUUCUUGGUGCUGUGGGAUGCGUUCUUCUCAGUCGAGCACUAUGAAGCAGACGAUAUUGGAUGGCGACACACCGUAUCUUCCUCAAGAAAUCAUCAGAAAUAUUCUGACAAGAAUUCCGGUAAAACCCCUAAUCCGACUUCAAAGUGUCUGUAAAAAUUGGAAAAAUCUAAUCAAAACCCCAUCUUUCAUCGCUGACCACCUUCACCAACCUGCUCAUCACAACCGUUGUCUUCUUUUCCAACGGAGUGGUCGUUCCUGUGGUGUUUCUUUGAACUUAUUCUUGUUCGACUGCGAGAAGCAACUCCAUGAGGUUCACAAUCCUUCCCGAGAUGGGUUCCUUGCCGUGUGUGGUAGGAUUGUCAGUUCCAGCAAUGGUUUGAUUCUCUAUGUAAAAAGUUCUCGUUAUGGAGGCGUUCUUCCGUUUUUCUUGUGGAAUCCAUCGAUUAGAAAGAUUAAACAGGUGUCCAGGAAAAAGUAUGAUUUUGAUGGUAAUUUCUAUAUAGGAUUUGGGUACAGUCCAAUUGUUGAUGAUUAUAAGACAUUGGUAGCUUAUGUUCCUGAAGGUGGGGAUGAGGUUGAUCAAGUAGAAGUCUAUUCAUUGAGCACACAAAGGUGGAAGCAAAUAGAAUUGCGGAACUUAGAAGGGGUGUAUCUCUGUUCUGAAACUAUCACUGCUAAUGGAGCUAUGUUUUGGCGUGGGUCAACGUUUGUUAUGAAGGAUUGUCAAUAUUCUUUUGGUUUGGUAGUUGCAUUUGACAUAGCAAUGGAAACCUUUACUUUGAUACCACUCGCUGCUUUAGAAUCUAAUUCAAAGGAUAAGCUUACUGUGCAUGAGAACAAACUUGGUGUGAUUACACUCGCUAGAGAGUCUACACUUUUUUCAAUGGAUACUUAUUUGAUUGAUUUGUGUGUGUUGGAUAAGGGAAUGGGUGCAUCUCAGGAGAGAUGGAGUUGGACUAAGAAAUUUUCUAUAAGAAGAACCUUUCUAGACUCCCCAGUUCCAUUAGGUUUUUUGGGGGAUGGAUCCAUUAUGUAUUUGGGGGGAUGA